AGUUUGGAAACAUUAAAAUACUUUUAUAUUUUGUUUGGUUAGAAAGAAUGAUGAAUGGAUAAAUUACUUUAUUUAAAUAAUAAAAAUUUAUGGUAAUUGAUAAAAAUUUAUAUUUUGUUCAGUUCGAAUGGCUUUGAUAGCUAGAGGAAUGAUAAUUGAUAAUGGUUGCAGGGUUUGUGGUAACUACAUAGAAUCGUUGACUCAUUCAUUUUUUGGUUGUGAGUGGAGUUCACAGCUUUGGAGUUGGGUACUUCCAGAUCUAGAUGUUCAAAAUUUUGUGGGGGAUGAUUUUAUGGGUGUUUUGCAACAUGUUUUGACACCCCUGGAUGAUGAACAAGUGCAAUUGUUUGCUCAAGGUUUCCAAAGAGUUGGUGUUUUUUGGUGGUUCGAUGAGCUACAGAGGGUAGGAGAGGAUCAAACAGCGGCUGUUGCGAGUCGAAUGCAGCAUCCGACUGGAGCAUGGUGUCCUCCUCCUGUUGCGGUGGCAAAGAUUUACUCGGAUGCAUCAAUCCUGGCCACCAGAAACUCGUUGAAAGUGUGGUGUGGUCACUCGUGAUGCUUCGGGAGCAGCUCUUGAUAGUGGUCGCAGGACUCAAAGGGGAAUUUUUUCGAUUUUGGAUUGGUGAGGUGGAGGUGAGAGGGUUUGGAUUGGUGAGGCUGGCGGCCGUAAGUCCCCUACUCAGAUGUCCAUGUAACUACUAGUUGAUUUUUUUUUUUUUUUUUCAUGUUUGUUGCAUAACGAAAAAAUGUAAUUUUUUUUA